CUUGAAUUUGGGUGACUGGAUACCCCAUAAAUCGGUAGCAAAAAAGCAAACAUGAAGCAAACAAGGCUUUCCGAUUACCCCGAUAGCAGUGAGCAGAUUAUUGUCGCUUCAGGUGAUCCGAAGGAUUGCCCUGCCGCACGAGGCUGAGCAGCCUUGGUGAGAGCAUGCUUCAAAAUGUGUUAUAAAAAUAUUAUAGAUUUACCUAUUUAAUAACGCGGCGAUGCCAGCACUGAUAUCUUCAACAAACACUUUGCUCUAAUGGCAGAUGGAAGCAAACGCCAUGAGCCAGUCGCCCUCAUUGCUCCAACCUAUAAGCCGGCGUUGGUAUUGGCCAUUUCGCAAGCUCAAAUACGACCAAAUACAGAACCAUAGAAAGGAUGUUGAAGAACAUGAACUUUGUCGAGCUUGUCAUUCUUUGGAUAAAGAUGACAGUAAAUCGAACACAUCUCUGAUAUCACAAUUUAUGCUCUGUCUGCCUCAAGGUUUCGCCAACAGAGUAAACCAAAGGGUCCAGCAAGAAAAGGGCAAGCAGCGGGAAUGGGUGAUAGGUGUUCUCAUUUGCACAUUUUUUGCUUCCAUUGUUCUAUUCCUGAACAUCUCCCUGACUAUUGCUGCGGUUAUCCUUUCUUAUUCAAAGUUCGAGGGCCAGGGAUUUACUUCUGCCAUGAUUUACCAUGGUGACUGUGGCAUUUCAAAAAACUGGGUCCGUGGCCUGCAUUUGCUGAUAAACACCCUCAGUACAAUUCUGCUGGCAGCAAGUAACUACUGUAUGCAAUGUUUAAGUUCACCAUCUCGCCAAAAUAUUGAAAGUGCCCACGCUCAGCGGAAGUGGAUCCAUAUUGGUGUGCCCAGCAUCAAGAAUCUGCGCUUUAUUGGCUGGAGGAGAUGCGUGCUCUGGGUGGUGUUAUUGAUAUCUUCCCUACCAAUUCAUCUGGUUUACAAUUCUGCUGUGUUUUCUGCAUUAGGCACACAUGAAUAUGGUGUUUUCCUCGCAUCCACAAAUUUUGAUUUCAAUAAUCCGCCAAAAGAUGGCCCUGAUUAUACAGGUUGCUCUGAACAGAACCUCUCCAUGGAUACGCCUGCUUUCUACUCCGAGGUAGCAAACUUCCAACAACUUGAUACACAGAAAUGUCUUGAUACCUAUGCUGCCGACUAUCUUGCAGAUCGAGGGACUCUCAUUCUUGUCACUAAAAAUAUGACUAUGGAUAAUAGAUCUUUACGCUGGGUUGGUAUGGGAAAUUCGCCACAGCAGUACUCAUUAAAUUCGUUUUCAUGGAUGUGUGAGAGCGAGCCGAGUUAUCCUGCAAUCACCUACAAUGUAAGUGACUCAGAGAAUAACUGUGAGAAAUACCCUUGCUUGAAAACUUGUGCAGACUCAUGCAAAGUGGAAUGCCUUGGCAAUUGGAAUGUGUCCUCCGUACCCUGGUCAGUUCCUUUAUUGAACGUGACUCUUUUGUCGAGUAUUCCACAUAAUAUCAGCUUUGAUGUCAACCAAGGCGAUAUAGAGACUAACAGCUCUGUUCUUGGUGAUAAGGAGGACCUUUCAAAUCUCAUUGAUUUCUUACAAGGGUAUCCACAGAAAAACGAACUACAGCAGUAUCUUGAUGAUUCAACUCGCUGGAAAAACAGUUCAUGGGCAAAGAGUGCUGAAAUCCAUGAUACAGGAUUUGCAUGUGCUCUACAGACUGUGAACCCAUCCCUUCCUGCCCUUUCAGUCGACUAUUGCUUAAGCCAAAAAGUUGAUGAGAAAUGUCAGCUAUUAUUCAGUCUUCCUAUAUGCCUUACUGUUAUUCUGUGCAACAUCAUCAAAGUUUCUUGUAUGCUCGUGACAGCAUAUGAUGAUAGGAAGGAAAUAUUCUUAACAGUUGGGGAUGCCAUAUCAUCCUUUCUCAGAAGACCUGAUAGGACUACUAAAGACAGAUGUUUACUGUCAAGAAGGAACAUUUCUGGAAAGGGCCCAUAUUGUUGGCAGCUAGUUGAUCAAUACAGAUUACCACCUCAGCCUACAACUUUCUGGCCUAAGAGGAGAAAAUGGAGGGGGGCUGCAGAUGGCUCAAAUUUGGGAUUGGUUCUCUGGUUCUGGCUUGUUCUCAUUCUGGUAUUACUUGCUUGCCUUCUAUCCGGUAUUCUUAGCUUGUCGGGCAAACGUCAAUCCAUAUCAUUUCCAGCACUGUGGAACUUGGGCUUUGGAAGUGUCGCCUCAUCUACAGUGAUAAACCUUUGUGCCAAUGCCAGCAACUGUUCGGGGAUUAUAUCAAUGGUCCUUCUUGCGAAUACACCACAGCUCAUUGUUUCAGUUGCAUACUUCUUUUACAACAACAUGUUAACCAGUAUGCUUCUUGCUGUUGAGUUCAAUGACUAUGCUGCGGAACGCAAACCACUGCGCGUCUCUUGGCCAAAAGGACACCAGCGCUCGACCUACUACCUCAGUCUCCCAUACCGAUACAGUAUUCCGCUGCUAAUUACCCAUGCGAUGCUACAUUGGCUAGUGUCCCAGAGCCUUUUCUUUGUGGAGGUUAUCUUGUAUGAUACGGUUGGAAACAUAACCCCAGAACGUCUUGUUGCAUGCGGCUAUUCACCAAUGGCAAUGAUAUUUGCCCUUCUUCUCGGUGCUUCAAUGAUGAUUGUUAUUCUAGCCUUGGGAUUCAGGUACUUCAAGAACAGUAUGCCACUUGCCAGCAGUUGCAGUGCCGCGAUUAGUGCAGCAUGCCAUGCUCCAACUGGUUGUGGCGAUGCACUCAAACCUGUUAUGUGGGGAGAAGUGUUGAAGUCCCCGGUCAAGGACAGCCGUACAGAAAGCAACAGUCAGAAAAAUGAUAGGAAAGUCAUGGAUGUGUCUCAAUUGGAUUCAAGAAGUCAACGCGCUGAAGAGGAUUCAGACAGCUACCAAGGGCAAACGAAUGGGAGCCAAUCUCACUUGCUGGGUGGGAACAAUGGCGCAGGUGAAGACAUUGGGGAGGCCAUAAGCUAUAUUGUAUCUAGGCUGGAUACAGGGGAUGAAGGCUCUUUUGAGGAAAUUACACUGGUUGAGAGCGAUCAUGAAGAUGAUGGAAUCACACUUCAGUCAGGUACAAGAGGCCGCCACUCUGACGAGGAAAAUUUAAAUGCCACCCAGAACCAAGGCAAUAAUGCUAACUUGCUGGGUGGAGGGAACGGCUUUGAAUAUGGCCAUUGUUGCUUUUCAUCCUCAGAAGUUAUUGCCCCGAGCGCUGGGAAACUAUACAUGUGAACAUCUAGCAGUUCAAGAAUGAACGGACCACUGAUGAUGGGAUAUGAAUGGACAUGGCGAAAAUCUAAUAUAUAUUUGUAUAUUAACCAUGGCUGUCAUCUUUUUGUUUCUAUUACGGCUCUAUAUGUUAAGAUCGUAGCCUUAAAUAAGUUCCAACGCUCCUUUCGGGGGAAGUGUGAUGGUCUUGAGGAAUAUAAAUCUGUUGGUAGACUAUCUAGCGGAAUACCAACAUGGAAAAGGAAAGAAAGAAAAAUACAGCCAGAAAUUGCAUAGUUCAUGCAAGUCACGAGAUGAUCGAUGUUUGCAUUGCUUUUAUUUCCAUGGGGAGUCCCAAUUUG